CUCGUCAACUACCGCCCAUACCUAGUUCAGCCUGGUAGAACCCCCGGGCCCGCGCUUGUUGGUGGGCUGUUCGUACCGUCCACACCGUUCAGCCCAUCAAGGGUCGUGCCCGUGGCACCUGCGUACCUAUCUACCACCUACCACCUACCACCUACCACCUACCUUGGCCGGGACCUAAUCAUUAGUAGCCUCACCCCAUUUCACCAGGGCCUCGACCCUGACCCUCCCCUUCAGAUCGCUGUGUUGGGCAGGUCUCCUCAUGGCGGCGUCGGGGACACUCUCAAGAUAGCCUUGGGAACUCUCCGCCUCAGAGAUGCCCACCAUGAAGCCGAAUUGGCACACGGAGAAGGCGACCCAGCUCCUGCGAGAGCACCGCGAGGAGCAUGCAGACCCCGACUCGCCGGUGGUAUGCAAGUGCCAGUGCUCAAAGUUUCCCAAGGAUGGCAGCUUCACAUACAAAGAGAUCAACUACAUCAUGGGCCGCAUCGUGGACGAGAACGGAUCCGUCGAGCUGGUCAAGGCCCUCCUCGACCUCGGCGGCGACGUCAACCACAUCCGCCGCAGCAGCUCGAGCCUGUGGAAGAAGGUUGCCCGCCGGAACCAGCAGCCCGAGCGCAGCGACGUGCUCCAGAUUGCCACCGUCCGCUGCGGGCCGACGCUCGUCGAGGCCCUCGCCGCCAAGGCGGACCAGGAGAACCUCGACAACGCACUGCACUACGGGCUCCUACGGCGCGACCUGGACAUAGUCGGCGUCCUGCUCAAACACGGCGCCGACCCGGCUCCGCUCCACGAGGACUUCGAGAAGGCCAUGAUCUGCAGCGAGACCGACAUCAUCAGGCUGCUCGUGUCGGGCCCCAAGCGCCCCUGCGUCGACUGCCUCUCCGUCUCCCUCACAAUGGCGGUGCAGAACAGCGCGACGGAGAUCCUGCGCCUGCUGGUGGCCGCCGGCGCAGACCCCAACUACGGCCUGGGUGCCGCCAUGGCCAUGGCCGUCGGCGCCAACAAGAUUGACUACCUCAGGAUCCUCAUAUCAGGCCCGACACGCGCCUCCGAGGCCUCGCUCGACAUCGCGCUCGGCGUCGCGCACCAGAACCUGUGGGAUAGCGACGACGCAACGCAGCGGCAGAUGAUCGACAUUUGCCUGCGGGCCGGCGCGCGCGGCGAGCGCACCGAGCGGCUCUUCACGUCGGGCCUCGUCAACAGCGUCAAGAAGAGACAGUCCCGCCUGCUCGAGCUGAUCCUGCAGAACGCCCGCCCCGCCGACCCCUUCCACACCUUGGCCGUCCUCGAGGCCAUCAAGGGCAACCAGACCGUCACGCUGGCACGACUGCUGAGGCUGAGCCCUUCGCAGGGCUGCAUGGUCACCGCGACGGCGCAGGCAAUGAAGAUCAAGGACAGCGAGGUCAUGUACGAGACGGUGGCGCUCCUGCUGUCGAUGGGCGUGCGGGGCCGGCCCGUCGGGGAUGCCUUUGUCCAGUGCGUGCGACUGCUCAGCCGCGGGCAGGCCAGCCCCGGCGGCCCGGACCCGUUCCACCGGGAGCUGGGGAAACUCCUCCUGGGCGCAGGCGAUGCCGACAUCAACCAGUCGCAGGGCGAGGCCCUCCGAAUCGCCAUAGUAUCGAACCUGAGGCAGGUCGUUUGCGCCGUCAUGGACAAGCGGCCCGCCCUGCCGACCCUCGAGGCCGCGCUGCCAGCCGCGAUGCGCGUGAGGGACGCGACGUACAAGAUGGAGGUGGUGCAAAUGCUGCUACUCGGUGGGCUCGAGGGUCCCGUGGUAGACAAGACCCUCGUCGAUGCCGUCAACGCCGCACCCAGGAAUACGCCGCUGGUAGAGCUCCUCCUGACGGUGGCGUCGGUCGACCACAACGCCGGCGAGGCGCUCGUGGGCUGCAUCCGGAACCAGGACCUGGAUCUGCUCAGGCUCAUCCUCGCCAAGCGUCCGGGCCGGCAGGCCGUAUCCUCGGCGGCGCGCGCCGCCAUGGACCUCGGCACCGUGGACAGGCGGACGACCAUCGGCGAGCUCAUUGGCAACUUCGAGACUGAGCACCUCAAUUUCUGCCUCGUGCAGGCUAUCGGCAUGCCGAAGAGGGAUAUGACCCUCGUGGGCAUGCUGCUCGACGGCGGCGCGCGGCCCGAGCUCGACGGCGGCGUCUGCAUCAAGCUCGCCGCUAUGACCUCUGACAUAAUCCUGCUCCGGCUGCUGGCCGCCAAGACGGGCGCCAACGAGAAGGUGUACACUGACGCUCUCGCGCAGCUCAUCUCCACGGACCACUCCUGGAUGUCACAGUCUCGCGUCGAGAUUGUCGAGCUUCUCCUCAAGCACGGCGCCUCGGGACACGUGGUAAACCGGGCUCUGCUCGAUGUCGUCCAGGCAAUGUUGCCAUCUCGCAGCCCCAAGAUGCCAGCCAGCCCCAGAACUCCCAGGAGUCCCAUGAGGCCGAUGAGUCCUAUGAGCUCCAUGAGUUCCAUGAACCCCGUGCAUCCGACGACCCCCAAGAAACCCCUGAGAUCGAUGAGCCCGAUGAGCUCCAUGAGCCCCGUACACCCGACGAGUCCCAGGAGCCCUGCGAGCAUCAGGUCAGCCUCCUCACAGUCUUGUAAUCUCCCGGCCGAUUCGCUCCUCGACCUCCUUCUCGCGCACGGCGCAGACGUGAACUUCGAGGGCGGAAAGCCCGCCCAACUGGUGGCACGCUCCGGCGACCGGCACUCCCUGCGCAAGUUCCUGGCCCAGCGCGGCGCGAGCCAGCGGACGGCCACGGCGGCGCUCUACGCGGCCAUCACGGCCGGCCACAGCGAGGCGCGCCUCCUGGAGCUGAUCGACGUGCUGUCGGACCACAAGGCGGCCGCCUCGCCCGACUUCAGCGCGGCCCCGGCCGACGGCAUGAUGCCGCCCGUCUUCCUCUGCCUGGCCGCCUACCCGCGGUCCACCAUGGUGAUCAACCGCCUCAUCAGCGCGGGCUGCAGCCUGGACCAGACCGUGGCACAGAUUGUGUACGGGCCGUUGUCGGACAGCGGGAGGGACACGCCGCCGUUUGGGCAGGAGCCGGUCAACGCGCUCAUCUGGGCGCUGCUGCAGCCGAGCCACAGGAUCAGUUCUGCCGUCAUCACAGAGCUGGCGGAACAAGGAGGCAACGUCAAGUUUACGACCACCAGAAGCAGAGUUACGCCCCUGCUCUUGGCGGCCAACACGGGCCGGCCGGGCCUCGUCGACAAGUUCAUCCGCCUCGGCGCCAGCGCGUCCGGACAGGACGCCUUCGGGCGGUCGGCGCUCUUCUACGCGUCGCGCAUCGGCAACCACGAGUCGGUGGUGCUGCUCCUGAAGCAAAAGGUGCCCGCCGACGACGGCAGCCUACACGAGGCGGCGCGCAACUUCCAGGUCGACGUCAUGGAGAAGCUGAUCGCGGCGGGCCACGAUCCCAACUUCCGCUCCUGCCAGCACCACGGCCACACGGCCCUGACCGAGAUGGCGAGCAAGGGCUCCGUCCCAGAGGACCUCGACGCCGCCGAGGCCGCCGUCGACCUGCUCAGGCGUGCCGGCGCCGACCCGCUGCUCCAGGUCGGCGGCAAGACGGCCGUGUUUUGGGCGCUCGAGAACAACGGCGGCAGCCGGCGCAGCAGCCGGGCCAGCGGUGGAAGCCAGUCCGUGGGCGGCGGCGGCGGCGGCGGCUGCAGCGGCGCCGAGGCUAUAACGAAGGUGCUGCUUGAGGGCAUCCUGUACAAGACGCUGGGCGACGAGCGUAACGUGUUCCGCGACGCGGCCGUCGAUGGCUUUUUCUACUACUCGCCCACCAUGUACCUGUCCAAGGGCCGGUCCAACGCGACGCCCGAGGUGGCGCAGGCCCUGCUCGCGCUGCUGCGGACCCAUGCCGCCGUCGACCGCUUCUACGCCGGCGCCGACGCCGACGAGCAGCCGCCCGACGCGGUGGGCAUGCCCGAGGAGAUCCGCGAGGUCGAGCGCGAGCGCAGGGCCAGGCGGCUGCGCCAGCAGAGGGCCGAGGAGGAGGCGGCGGC